CCCUGGCAAUCUAGGAAUUCUAAAUUUCUGAGAAUUAUUGGCUUUAUAGAAAUAAUGAAGAUUUUGACUUGGAAUAUAAAUGGCAUCAGAGCUGUAAAGAAAGAUCAGUCCCUCCAGAAACUGUUUGACUCAUUGGAUGCUGAUAUUAUUUGCUUGCAAGAAACUAAAAUUACAAGUAUUAUGUCAAUUUUUAUAUAUGUUGGUUCAAUAGUCUCAAUAUAUGGCGGCAGCAUUCAUAGGAUAUUGCAAAACCUUCCAUGUCGAUCAUAAAUGCAAGGGGCUGGCUAAGAAAAAUAAGUUAUUCAUUCAUGGUAGGGGUGAUCCAGCAUUCCAGCUAUCCACAUUCCCAAGGCUUUCAUAGCAGGCUGCCAAUCCUUUACAUGGCCUCACUGCAUCAUGGGAGUGUCACCUUCCCAUAAUCCAAUGAGGAAUGAUUUCCUGCAGAGGAGGCAGUUGGGACCUUUAGCUAGCAGGAUGGCGUCGGCUAUUAAUACAAUGAAAUUUAUGACAGUGUAGAAAGAAAAUGUAUAAUUAAAGUCCCUUGGGAGUUUUAGACGUCGUCCUUGCUCUGUUUACAACAGCAAACCAAAGAUUUUCACGUUUUGUAUACAACGUCUGCCUUUCAAGCCGCGAGAAGUUGUCCUCGCCAAAUUGGCUUAGUAGAAGUCUUUUCAACUAUAAACCUCUGUCUUAACAUUCUUAAACUGCAAUAAAUUCAUACAACGGAUAAUACAAGACAUGUUGUUCUUAAAGUUUAAUAUACUUAUUUGAAGGAGUUUGUUUUGGCCGUCGUUGUCGCGUUGCCAUCACCUAUUUGCUAAAGGUCCCUAGUGCCAUAGUGGGUGCAGACAGCCGUGCAGUACAGAAACAAGGAUGAGACUCGGGAGCCUUGCCUUUUGUCGACUUCAUCAUAUUGGGUCAUUCCAGAAAACAUCUGUACCUCCACCACAGAGGAAAUUAGAAGUUAAACCCAUUAUUAUCAGAAACAAAUCAUGACAGCAGAAAUUUUCUCUGUGGGGGGAGUGUGGAUCUUUCUUGCAAUAGGACCUAUUCCUAAUAAGUCUUCUGAUAAACAGCCUGUUUGAAAACUUUUUGAUCUGACAAGCAUCAACUCCAUGGUUUCCAUUGAUGAUGCUGAACCCCCAAAGGACUACCAACAGCUCAAGUACCAUUCUUACCCCCUUAUUUCAUUAAAUUACAUAAUUAUUUUUAGGAGAAAUGCUUGAAGAAGAGACAGCUAUUGUGGAAGGCUAUAAUGCAUAUUUUAGUUUCUCAAAAGUUCGAAGUGGUUACUCAGGUUCUCCUAUAUUAGCUGUAAAUUUUUAGUUAAAAACUUAAAAUUGUAUAGUGGCCACACUUUGUGCCUUUUAGACAAAUUGUAUCUCUACUUAGUUAUGUUUCAAUGUAUUUGCAGUAAUAUAAAUUUUGACUAGGUGUGGCAACAUUUUGUCGUAAUCAUGUCACCCCAGUGGGCGCUGAAGAUAGGAUUCAUUUGCCUGUGUCAGACUGCGAUGACAUUGCCGAAGAGAAUCUUCUUACAAAUGGUAAAUGUAACCUGAGUGGUGCCUAAAUUACUUUGAAUUUGUACUUGAGUAAAAGUAAUUAACAAUAAAACGAGUUGAGUAAGAGUAAAAAGUACUGGAGGCAAAAUGUACUUAAAUAAAAAGUACAAAGUAUCCUUAAAAAAUACUUGACUUGAAGUAAAAAGUAAAAGUAUUAUUGUCUGUAGUGUGUAUAAUGGAUUGACAAACAAAAGACAAAAAAUAGUACACGCAUUGUAUGCAUGCACCUAAUAUACAAUAUUUCACAGCAUGGUCUACUUUCCAGACCCUGUUGAAGAUAUAAGAAAUCCGUUAAAUAAAUAAUAAUAAGUAAGCUACAAACGAGAGAUCCCAGACGCAUGUAGAAGUCCUAUUACCUAUCCCGAAAUUGAAGUAAAUCGUUACUUCUUAAAACGAAGUAAACGUUACUUCUUAAAACGACUUCGUUCCACGUAAAAGUACUCCAGAGAAAGUAUACUUUGUUACAUGCUGACUUCUCAAAAAUAGUACUCAAGGACAGUAACGAAGUACAUUUACUUCGUUACUUGACACCACUGAAUGUAACAGACUAGAUUAAGAGCUGUCCAUUUAGUAUGUUAAUAGUUAAAAUAUGUUUAAAAAAUUCUCUCAUUUAGAAGAGCUUGAGUCGCUGAAUGCGGAAGGACGUACUGUUCUCACAGAACAUGUAGAUACAGAAGGCAAGCAUGUUGUUAUCAUAAAUCUCUAUUGUCCCAGAGCUGAACUGGAUAAUAAAGAAAGGACAGAAUUUAAACUCAAGUUUUAUUCUCUUGUUGAAAAGAAAUGCAAAAGUUUGAUACAGGAAAACAAGUAGGUGUGAACUCGUACCGCAGGGCAUUUGGAGUCUACCACUCUAUGAGUACAUUUCGAUUGACAACAUCUUAGUCAAUAGCUAACAAACGACGAAACAGCAGUUUGCAACCGACAUCUUACAAAAUAUAUUUUUAUGGUUCUUCCCUACAGGCACGUCAUAGUACUGGGUGAUUUCAACGUCCCGCAUAAACUGAUUGAUCACUGUGAUCCGAACGACCCAGUAAGUUUCUAGAUAUGCUGUGUUGAGUGGUUAUAUUACUACCUUAAAAAAUAAAUAAGCAGAAACUCAUUUAAGGUAGUAAUAUAACCACUCAGCACAGCAUUUUCACAUUGGUACUACCCACACUGCUACAGACAGUUUUAGUGUCUAGAUAUGCGCGAUACAACUAUCUGAAAAAUAUGAUGAAAUGAAGACGUUUUAUCUUUUUCACGUAGUUCAGAGUACAGACACCAACCACCGUCACCACCAUCAUCACCACCACCAUCAACCAUCAUCAUCACCACCACCACCAUCAACCACCAUCAUCAACCACCAUCAUCAACCACCAUCAUCACCAACAUCACCAUCACCAACAUCACCAUCACCAACCACCAUUAUCAACCACCAUCAUCACCAUCACCAACCACCAUUAUCAACCACCAUUAUCAACCACCAUCAUCAACCAGCACCACCAUCAUCACCACCUGAUUCAUAAACUAAAUCUACGCAUAUCGUUUGCUUUCUAGAAAAUAUUCGAUUCCAACCCAAGCCGACAAUGGGCAAGCACAUUCAUUUGGGACCCAAGCAAUGACGAACCCACAGUCAAUCCCUCAAGCUCGUGUUCUGCCAAGACUCAAUCUACAACAGGGGACGAUGAAUCUUGUGAAGCACGCAAAACCAGCGACGCACCACCAACUACGAAAUUCAUCGACACUUUCCGCUAUUUCCAUCCAGACCAAAAAUCUGCGUUUACUUGCUGGUCUACUUUAACCGGAGCCAGACAGACGAACUAUGGGACCCGUAUUGAUUACAUUUUCUCGAGUGUAAAUUUUUUCAAAACAGAAUUUACUGAGUGUGUUAUACGCCCUGACAUCGAGGGUUCUGAUCAUUGUCCUGUUGUAGCUACAUUGAAAAGUAGUUUCCGAAAUGCUGCGAAGCCCCCGCCUCUCUGUACGAAGUAUAUGCCUGAAUUCUCUGGAAAACAACAAAAACUUAAAGAUUUCUUUAAAAAGAGCGAAAAGAAUGCAAACACAAGUAAUUUGAACGCAAGUGGCAACAGAAUAAAAGGGAAUACAAAAUUAGUUAAUGAAAGUAAAAGUGGAAUAAAAGAAAUUUCGGCAGAUAAAACCCAACAAAAAAGUUCUGAUAAACGACAUGCACAGUCGACGCUAAAAAGUCAGGCAAAACGAUUGAAAACAAAUACAGGGGCCUCACAGGGCAAAAUAUUUCAAUUUUUCGAGAAGAAAAAUACGAAAUCUAAGACAGACAGCAACAAACAGACGGACUGCAGUUCAAAGGUGGUUGCAGAUAGCUUGGCAAACACAAAUGAAAAUGAUUCGGGUAUUUCUGAAGAAAGGUCCGAAACUGUUCCCCAAUUGAACAUACACAAUGUAGAAUUGUGCAGUUCUCUUGAAUCUACAAACACUUCAAGUCAAACGUCAACGUCUUCCGCCUGUUCUGAUAGCGAUUAUUCAACAAAAUCCUCGAGUCAAAAUGCCACACAAUCCAGUGCCAGUGAAGAAACACAAGCACGUAGUCAAAAUUACUCUAAAGAAUCGCGUAAUUCAGACGAGAAGUCAGCUGCCGUGGUUUCAAGCUGGAAAAACAUUCUAAAGGGUCUUCCACCAGCUCCGCUAUGCUCUGGACAUAAAGAGCCGUGCGUUUUAAGAACUGUGAAGAACAAAGGGCCUAACCAUGGUAAACAGUUUUACUGUUGUGCUCGACCACAAGGGCACAGCACGAACAAAGAAGCAAGAUGCGGUGAUUUUAAAUGGCUUAAGAAAUAGGUAUAAGGCGCGUUUUUUUGGUAGUUAUUCCAUAAUUUCUGGGCCAGCAACGAACUUUCUGAAGGUGCUCUGUAAAAGUACAUUGAAGAACAUUUGCCAAAAUUUGGUUGCAAAGUAUUUUUAUUGCAAAGUUUUACUUCUGAUAGUAUGGUCAAUUAAGGAUCAAUGUUAGAUAUACACUCUAGAGAAUAUUAUGCAUCAUUAGUGUUCAGUAAUAUUAUGGAUAACCCGUACCUAUACUGAAAAUAAAAAAAACUAGUUUGCUUUGUUUGGUAGAAAACUUAAUUUGUCACUCUUGUUAUUCUCAAUUAUAUUUUAUAAGUCAUUAAUAAAGUACAUCUACAAUAUAUCCACGACAAUUGCUACUGUUCUAGUCCAGCCUUGUAUGCAUUGAACCCAGCUUCUUGGUAAAUCUUUGCAGCCUCAACAGGAUCAUCAGCAGCAUAGAUACCACGCCCAACGAUUAUCACAUCGCUCCUACGAUUGGUAAUCACUUCUUCCGGCGUGAGAUACUGUUGGCCGAGGUUGUCACCCCCUGAUUGUAACUUCACCCCAGGGGUCAUGUGGAUGAAUGCCGGAUUUUCUGACACCCGCGAGGUACAUAUAAAACCAAUCACAAAAUCAGGGUUAUCAUCGGCAAUCUUUACUGUAGCUUCAGUAUAUUGACCAGUUGCUAAAUUUCCGGCUGAACUCAUUUGGGCGAUCAUGAGACAAGCCCUCCCCUUCGGUAUGCCAACCUCUUUCAAGCCUUUAACAACACCUUCACCAGGAACCGAAUGAGCGUUCACUAUGUGUGCCCAGUCCGAGAUUCGGUAUACUCCAGAACCAUACUGGUACUUUACCGUGUUACCAAUAUCGGCAAAUUUCCUAUCUUCGAAAAUUAAAAAAUUAUGCUUUUGGGACAGAGCUUGCAAGGCCGAGACAAACUCCAUGUUGAAAUCCUCAAUAAUAUCAACAUGAAGUUUCACCAUGCAGAUAAAAUCACCAACUUUGUUGACUAACUCAAGAACGGCCGCAGUUGAUGUCAAAUCUACGGACACACACAAGUUUGAUUGUUUUUCGUGUAUUAUGGUGAAUAACGUCUUAGCAACAGGAUUGGUUGCUAUGGUAGCACGCUGUUGGUAGGCAAGUGCUUUGGAAGCUUGAGCCACCACUGGGACAACAUUGCUAUUUUGUUCGAUAAAAGUGUUCACUCUUUGGACCAUCACUUUAUCGAGCUUUCCGGUUUCUUCUAAAAUGGACAAGACUUCUUUAAGCGUAAAUACGCUGUGUAACUUUAUCCCUUUAUCUGCAAGCGAUUCUCUCCCGCCCUGACAUCGAUCUAACAAGACUAUAGCAUCAUGCACCAUCACCUCAACUGUGGCCAAAUCACGCACCGUUUCCAGAACACUAGAGCCCGUAGUGACUACAUCUUCUAUAACCAAACAGAUUGUAUUUUUUUCGAAUUUUCCUUCGAUUAACUUCUUAGUACCGUAGGACUUUGCUUCCUUUCUUUUUAUCAUCAUAGGGACAUCGUAUUUCGUCGACAUGCAAGUGGCAAUAGGCAGAGCGGUGUAUGGGACGCCACACAGUUGUGCAAAGUUCAAAUUUUGAGUCGCUUUCCACAUUUCGUCUGCCACUUGUAUCAUGAUUUUUGGAUAGGAGACGAUCACACGAAGGUCGAAGUAUACAGGCGAUUCGAUGCCGCUUUUCAGAGUAAAAGUGCCAAAUUUUAAAGCACCGAUUUCAAAUAAAUCUAAAAUCAAUUUAACACGUGGUGAAUUUCCCCCCGCCAUUUUCAAAGCUUCUUCACGAAAUGUUCAAUACUUCAUGUAAAAUCAAGUAUAAUAUGGCACAUAGUACACACCAUAUCAACCUCGUUCCCAGAAAGACCCUGGGAACGAGGUUGAUGCCAUAUUACCAAUCCAUCACCACAGUGCCAAGUCUUUCUCGCCAACCUUCGCUAUAAUCCAAUGCAUUUACCUCGAGCACGGCAAAUCUUGAAAUUUUUGCAUGUGUGAAAUUUCU